UUAAGCUUCUGAAGUAUGCUUCAUGAAGGCAAAGCAGCUAUGAAAAGAACCAGGAAGACAGCUGCCUUCAGAUGGUACAGAACUCACUGACAGUUGCUCUUGCCUCAGUCCUGCUUCAUGAGAACUUCAGAAGUUACUAACUGAGUGAUAUUUGGCCAGACCUAAAAUAUCUUCCACUCCAGAUCUGAAAGUAGUGGAAAAGUUAGACAAUUCUCUCUUGGAAAGAGACCGAUUGUAGUUUAUUCACAAGUCCACAUUGUUUCAAAUCUCCAAGGUCACAUGGCUGUAAUAGUGACUGAAUUUCAGAAAGAAAGUUCCCUUUUUGCAUAAAAAACAAGUCUCAUACCACAAAUUCUUCUUCAAAUGCUCAUAAGCAGAUGGUACGUGAACAAUAUACAACAACGACACCAGGCACGAGCCUAGAGAGGCCGAAGAAUGAAUAUAUCUACAAAAUUGGAAUUUAUGGCUGGAGAAAGCGUUGUCUCUACCUGUUUGUUCUCCUCCUGCUUAUCAUCCUAGUUGUGAAUUUUUCUUUGACAAUUUGGAUUCUUAAAGUGAUGUGGUUUUCCCCAACUGGAAUGGGACACCUGCGUGUUACAAAAGAAGGCCUUCGACUGGAAGGGGAAUCUGAAUUCUUAUUCCCUCUUUAUGCCAAAGAAAUCCAUUCGAGAGUGGACUCAUCACUGCUUCUCCAGUCUACUCACAAUGUGACUGUGAAUGCUCGCAAUUCAAAUGGAGAAGUCACAGGCAGGCUAAAUGUGGGUCCUAAAAUGGUAGAAUUCCACAGUCAGCAAUUUCAGAUCAACUCAAAGGAUGGAAAGCCACUUUUCACAGUGGAUGAAAAUGAAGUUGUAAUUGGCACAGAUAAGCUUCGAGUCACAGGGCCUGAAGGAGCACUUUUUGAACAUUCUGUAGAAACACCACUUGUGAAAGCAGAAGCUUUUAAACAGCUUAGGCUGGAAUCACCAACUCGAUCUUUGAGCAUGGAUGCACCAAGAGGAAUUAAUAUCAAAGCACAAGCUGGGAAUAUUGAAGCUCUUUCCCAGAUGGAUAUCAAACUACACAGCAGUGAUGGCGUGCUUUUGCUCGAUGCUGAAACCGUGCGACUGCCCAAGCUGCCUGAGGGUGCAAGGGGUGGAUCUGGGAUUUCUCAGGGGCUCUAUGAAAUCUGUGUGUGUCCAGAUGGAAAGCUCUACUUGUCAGUGGCCGGCGUGGGCUCCACUUGCCAAGAAUACAGCCGAGUCUGCCAGUGAGGCACCCGGAAAGGCCCGCACACCCCCUUGCGCAGCUGAGUUUUGGAUUACCCCUAAAGAGCAUCACUGAAAUGAAAGCAUAUUUUUCAGCAUUUUAAAAACAAAGUACUUACAAUUUAGGAAACAAAUCUGCAUCUAUAAUUCUGGAAUACAGGGUGUAAGGGGAAGAAGAAGAGCACAAAUGACAU